GUGGGCGGGGGAGAAGGAGGGGUGUACGGGACGAUUGACGUUUCGUCAGAAGGGGGCGGGGCUUGGCCCGGUGUGAGCGGACAGACCUGUGGGGUCAGAUACACCAGAUAAAUAUCUAAAAUAUCUUUGCUCCUAAACUUGAGCCAUCCAGACAGUAUUACCUACCCACACUUUGUGCACCCGACCCCAGGCUCCUGGCGUCGACUAUCGUGAGAAACACGCACACACGCAGUGCGUGCACACAGGCACACGGACGAUAGCCCUCUACCUCGCUCACCUGUCCUACUCCUCGCCGAGAGUUCGUAAACAUGGGGUAGAUGGUCUCCAUUCAGCAGCAAGCUAUAACAGCUCGCGGCAGUGUCUUCGGGUAGUAUUCGUUGUUCCUGAAACUACAAAUGGUGUACCCCGAGUGCGUAGGCAACACUCUCUUGUGUCCAUCACUGCGAGGGUUGUGUGCAUUUUUGUAUGGACCACACUUAUUUUGGCCAGAGGGAGUAGGGUUCUUUCAGUACUAUGGUGCCCUCCCAGGCUGCACUACGAGAACUGAUCCAGAGCCAGCCGGCAGCCACCAUUAUGCCGACGAUUAGACAGUUCGGCACUUGAUCCCACUGCCUCUUCGAAUCUGACGGAGAGGUGGAGUCAAACUGGUAGUGGGUCGUGAGAGAGAGAGAGAGAAAAAAAAAAAAAAAUCCGGGGUUCUGCAUCGAACUCAGGACUCCACCAUCUCACACCCACACCCCAGACCGCCCCAGCGUGACAUCACGAGACGAAAGAGAAGGAAGACAGCUCACAGUUGACAGUGUCAACAUCCCCGCAACCCAUCACAGGCCUUAGCUGAUGGGGGGAGUGUUCCAGACAUGUCACGGCUGCUCAUUUUCUUCAUUGUCUUCAUCGUAUUCUCCUCCUUACCUCGGUGUGCUUCUCGCUCAUCUGCUCACCUGCUGACCUCCACCGCUAGCCACCAAGACGACGUUCAGGUGGAGGAGAACGUUGAGGAGGACGGGGUCAGCGAGUGCAGCGACAAACCACACACGAGCAAGGGGGAGUGUUGUGCUGACCGCAAGCUGAGACAAGAGAUGAGUUGUAUGAGACAGGAACUAACAAAACUGAGCAAACAGUUUCAAAGUCUGGAUUUGGAAACUAAAAAAUACUUUUCAGAUGCACAGAAGGAAAAAUGCUUCUCGGCAUCGUGUCCAGUGGGGGCAGUGAAGUCCGAUUGUCUGUGUCUGCUGUACGUGCUGCACCAGAAGCUCCCCUGGCUUGAAGCACGUGAUUACUGCAAGAGCAUGGGUGGCAACCUCGUCAUCGUCGACUCGGAAAGAGUCACCAAGAAAAUACGAUCAUUCCUCGACAGCAACAUUGGGAAGAAAGCAAGGAGAAGGGUGGAGAUCUGGACCAGCUUGAUACUGACAGUCGAAGGAAAACCAGAACCUGCUCACAUCAAACUUUUUACAACGACGAGAGCCCAAGACUUUUACUGGCACACGUUCACCGGUACUAAACAACUUGACUAUACCAACUGGGGGAGAAAACCUGACAAGGUCAAUGAAGGUUUGCUGGCAAUGCCUUCAUGUGUAGCUAUGAUAGGGAAGGAUAAUUUACAGUGGGAAGCAAGACAGUGUGUGGAAAAGAAAUAUUUUGUGUGUGAGUUUCAUUUAAGGCCAGCGAAAAAGAAUCGCUCAAAUGAUAGACAACAAAUGCAAGAGAACUCCAAAACAGCCUGCGAAAAUGGUUGAAAAAGUACAAGAUGGACCUAUGGAGGAAAAAAAGUACUUGAAUGGUAUAUAAGUGGGUACAAGACCUACAGGUUGACCUUUUUUGCAGCUCUUUGGUUCAUCUGUACUCAUUUUUGUGUUGGUUAUUACCUGCUGCUGGCUGUUGGGACAUGAGAUACUCGUGGAGACAGGAAAGUGUGUUUGGGAGAGAGAAAGAACAAAAUGAAAAGUCUGAGCAGCACCAAGAGGAACACUUUUUUUGCUUUGAUGUUCACACAGCUGUGUCCAACUACUCUACUCGACUUGUGCAAAAUGAACCAAUAACUCACCUUUUCAAAGUGAUAGCAACAUCCUGAUUGUUGUUUUGUGUCUGUGUUACUUUACAAGACCUUUUUUUUAAGUGGUCUGGUCCUUACAACUCACUGGUUACUUUUUAUGGAUGUUUUUCACGGAAAAGUUACUGUGCACAUUGCACUCCCUGCAACUGAGAUCUACUGUGUCUAAAUAUUCACAUCGCUUCUAGGUGUUUGUUUCCUGCACUUCUUUGCAGACUGUGACAGCAUUGUUAUUUUAUACACUAGGUUCGCAAGACUUCAUAGGUAGAGUGUACAUUUGUAUGGUAUAUUAUUGUCUACGGUCUUUACAAGUUUGAGUGUGUAUAUCAUCAAUGUCCGACUCUUUUUCCAGGGUAUUACUUUCUGUUGCAUCAACUCACUUUUUUCUUUACAAGGAGGGAUUUCCCUUGCAUCAGUUUCCAGUCCUCAUUGGGAUAAUGACUGAUCGCAUAAAACUUAAUUCUGUGCAGUCAAAGAUAAAUUUAUUCUCAAUGUGAUAUAUUUAGUAUAGCCCUAUUGUUAUCUUGAUGUGCAAUGCAGAACAAGGGGUGAACGGUAUUUAUUACCUCAUGAUAAUGUCCUUAAGCAGAUACGUGAUCAAUAUGUCAGUAUUCUCAUUUCAUUUUGGUUUAAAUACUAUCAAAAGCUGUGUUAUAUUCAUUCUUUUGCCUUAAUUGUUCUUUUGUUCACUUAAAGAUGGUGUGAAUUGCAAUAAAUUAUAUUGAGCAUACCUGUGUUUAUCCUUAUGUGUUUCAGUGCAAAUGUGUGGUUUUUAUGAUGUGUAUUUGCAUGUGCAUGCAAGCACACGUGACAGUUCACACAAUCUGUACAACAGUUUUAUAUAUUUGCACCACCUUUUAGGAAGGCUUUUAAAGUUUUCUCUAAAUAUUCCUCAUAUAAAGCAAAAAAGUGCAUCAUUCUGCUUCAUUAAGUAGGCAAAGAAGACUGCAUAAUUAUUUAAUGUGAUAGUAGUUUGCAUUUCAAGGUGACAUUAAAUGCUUGGGGCAAAUUAAGAAACACAAAUGCCUUCUUAAACUGGAAAAAUGCCAGACAUAUGAACCAUAUUGCUUUGCUUAUUUUUUUUUCUAAGUAGGAAAAUACAAUGUAUCUUAAUUACUAUGUGAUGUUCAUACCAUCCAUUGCUUUCUGUUUAUCAUAUUUAUAUAUUUUACAGUUGUUAUUUCACUCAUGUACCUAAGAGUAAGGAAGACAUUGUAAAUAUUGUUUAGGUUACAAUGCUAUUCAUUUCUAUAGUGCCAAAUGUAUUUAUAUACACUUACUAUGUUCUUUUCCAUUUUCUCAGCAUAAGCAUCUGUGACAUGAUGGUUAAUGUGUUGUCGACAAGUCAGAGGGAAUCUUGAAAGCGUAUAUUUUUUGAAUAAGAAACAAACCAGCGUGAUGGAAAAUAAAUGUUUUAUGGUU